GAAUAAUUGAUUAAAAAAUCAGAAAAAAUCGGAAAAAAUUAGAAAGAAUCAGGAAAAAUUAUAAAAAAUUAGAAAGAAAAUGGAAAUAAAUCUGGAAUAGUGUAACUACAUUUGCAUGUCAUAAAGAGCAUUCAUGGCCAGAGGAAGAUGCGGUAAUUGACAAAUUAAUUAGAGAAACGGAAGAACAAGGAAAAAUUGGGGAAAAAUUCUGGAAUAGUGCAUCUUGAUGGUCUCUCUCGUUCACCUCGACGUGCGUGGCUCCACGCGCAGAUGACGGUUGCAGGUAAUUUAUCAUCUCUAACGCGUGUCAUUCGGCAACAUGCACAGAGUGCAGCGUACUCCACUCUCCUCCUUGAAUCUCAAAAUGUUUUCCAAGAGGUUUGCUUCGAGUCCAACAGGUUGCCCGCACCUCGGACGACUCAUUGUCAGUACAGCUCUGUACAACUAUCCAUUUGCCCAGGCAGACCAAGGAGAUUUUAUUCUGCGCUUGAAAGACACGAAUCAAACAGAACUCGUACCAGAUGCUACCGGUACACAGUGUUUAGACCAUGGACUGGGGCUCUUAGGACAGGAUCGUCGAAGCUUAGGCCAACAUUGAAGCACGACCAGUCUAGACACCUGAGCAAAGAGGAUCCAAAGGAUCAAUCGAGGCAAGGAGAAUCUUACUGCGUCAGAUCCAAGAGGGAUGCUCAAAUCCAACGAUCGUAGCCCAACUCAGAGGAGAAGACUACAGUGGCGAGGUUAUACUGGAGGAAGAAUAACCGCCACUCCUUUAAUUCGAAGAUUUGAUUCGCAAAGUCCUGAGCGGAGGAUGAUCAACC